GAGCUCUGUGUGCACAUGGCGAGCUCCGGCGACGCCGCCGCGGCGCGUGAGGGCGCGGAGGGCGGCGGGGAAACCAACUCGUCGGCCGAGCUGGGCGGCAGCUGCGGGGGCGGGGGCGUGGGCGGGAGCGGCGGCGGCGGGAACCGGUGGCCGAGGCAGGAGACGCUGGCGCUACUGAAGAUUCGGUCGGACAUGGACGGCAUGUUCCGGGACGCGAGCGUCAAGGGUCCCUUGUGGGAGGACGUCUCCAGGAAGCUAGGAGACCUUGGGUAUCAUCGAAGCGCCAAGAAGUGCAAGGAGAAAUUCGAGAACGUGUACAAGUACCACAAGCGCACGAAGGACGGUCGGACCGGCAAGCACGAGAAGAAGACCUACCGCUUCUUCGACCAGCUGGAGGCCCUCGAGAACCAGUCCCCUUCUCCUUCCGUCCCUCAUCCGCCGCCUCAGAUGACGGCCGCCGCCGCCGCCACGAGCACCGCCGGUCCGCCCUUCACUGUUACAUCGAUUACGACCCACCAUCACAUCACCACGCCGCAAUUCAAUGUGGCGCCGCCCGCUGCGAUAGUUCCUCCCGCGGCGGUUCCUUCUUUGGCCGCAAAUGUUGCUGUAAACCCGGCCCGGGGCGGCGGGGUGGCGUCGUCCGCGCUACCUAGCAUGCCUGGGGAUUUGGCCAUCUCGGAUGCUUCUGUGCCCUCGUCUUCCUCCACUUCGUCGGAUGACGAAUUGGGCGCCCCGCCGCGGCGAGGGAGGAAGCGGAAGUGGAGGGGCUUCUUCGAGCGGCUGGCGAGGGAGGUGAUGGACAAGCAGGAGGCGAUGCACAAGAAGUUCCUGGAGGUGAUCGAGAAGCGCGAGCACGAGAGGAUGGCCCGGGAGGAGGCCUGGAGGGUGCAAGAGAUAGCCAGGAUCAGCCGAGAGCGCGAGAUCCUCACGCAGGAGCGGUCUGCAGCGGCAGCUAAGGAUGCGGCCGUGAUGUCGUUCUUGCAGAAGAUUGCCGAGCAACAAAUCCCUGGCCAAGCGCAAGCUAAUCCGUUGCCGACUCCACUGCAACCGCAACCGCCAGUGCGGCAGGUGCCGAACCUGUCGCCGCCGCAGCCCGUAUCGGCCCCGGCUACGACACCAGGAGAAAUCGUCAGGUACUCCCAGGCACAGUCGCCGGUGGUGAACAUGGAAAUCCACCGAAGUGUGAAUAACGGCGACAACCAAGCCCCGCCGAGCUCCUCGAGGUGGCCGAAAGUGGAAGUCGAGGCGCUGAUCAGGCUGCGGACCAACCUCGAUUCCAAGUACCAGGAGAACGGGCCGAAGGGGCCCUUGUGGGAGGAGAUCUCGUCGGCCAUGAGGAAGCUCGGGUACAACCGGAGCGCUAAGCGGUGCAAGGAGAAGUGGGAGAACAUCAACAAGUACUUCAAGAAGGUGAAGGAGUCCAACAAGCAAAGACCGGAGGACUCCAAGACCUGCCCCUACUUCCACCAGCUGGACGCCCUCUACAAGGAGAAGACCUACAAGUAUGAGGCGUUGGCGAGCCAAUUGCCGAAGCCCGAGAGCUCGAUGGCGCCGCUAAUGGUGACGCCGGAGCAGCAAUGGCCGCCUCCCCCGGCGGAGCGGCGGAUGGUGGACUCGACGGCGGAGGACAUGGAGAGCGACCGCAACCACGACGAGGAAGAGGGCGACGAGGAGGACGACGACGAGGGGGAAGGCGACUACGAGGUUGUGGCAAACAAGCCAUCUUCAGCGGGUGCCAAUAGCGAGGACACACAUGAUUGUUAGCACAAAUGUGCCGAUCGGGUCAUUUUCGUGGGUCGGGUCGGUUCGGCCGGAGAAUUCGGGCGGGGCGGGGCGGGACCGGCGGCGGCCAAUCGAGGUGAAGGGAUGAAUUUUACACGCCAAAUCAUAUGGGGGGUUGGGGGGGGGGGGGGGGUUUGUAGCAUAUGGUCAAGUGGGGUUUACAACUUUUAUUUGUUUGGAUUAAAAAUGAUUAAUUUAUUUUGUACCCAAGUAAUAAAAAAAUUUGUGGGAGGAAAAGGUAAGGUGUUCACAAGGGAUUAAUAAAUAAACAUUUUAGAGAGAGAGAGAGAGAGACAGAGAAAGAUGUUGUUCGGUUGAUGUUUCAAAUAUUCAUGUUGAGUGUAUAUUUAAACGAAUACAAAAGGUUCUUGCUCUGGUUUCUGUGGUUUCUCUCCUCUGUUAUUGGAAUCUGGAAAUUCUUUUGAAUAACAAUCUAGAUUAAUAAAAGAGGAAAUUGAAAUUGGUUUU